AAAAACAGCCCAGCCCCAGCCCCCCAUAAUUGAAAAUUCUCGCCUCAGUAUUCCUUCCGGCCUUCUUAAUUUCCUUGUUAGAUCUUCUCUCGUCUACCUCCCCAUAUUAACCACAGACACCCAUGCAAUGAUAGUCUUGUUCUGUUUUAUCCCGGAUCUGUGUCCAGCUUGAAGCACUAUAAUCUCGCAUCUUCUCCAACAGAAAUAAAUAAAGUAUAGAGAUAAAAGGACGACAAUUAUGGGUGGAAGUAGUAGUAGCCAGAAUUGGAUCUUGCAUUUGAAGGUCUUGUUUGGAACACUGGCAUUGGUAGGGGUUAUUUUUCUUUUGUCGGUUGGCAGCCGGCUGGAGAUCAGUGGAAGUACAAAGAAUAUUGCACCAACGUCAUUAACGUCCGACUCCGGAGGAGAUUUCAACCAUGCACAUGUUAUGGGUGGAGAGAAGCAGCUCGUCGAUCAUCCAGAGUUGGAUCUUAACUGCAUGAGCAAAAGACGAGUUCCCAAUGGACCAGAUCCUAUACAUAACAGGAGAGCUGGACACUCUGGACGACCUCCUGGUGGAGCUAAUUAGCUAGCCAUCCAUCACAGUUCAACAAGCUUCAGAAAACUACAUCUUAAUGUUUAAACUUGCAGAUCGUCGAACAUGUCAUGCUUGUAUUAGAUUUGGCUCUGUAGAUAUAUAGUACUCCUGAAAGGAUCCCAGAAUCCAAGCUGUGAGCUAGCUAGCAUGCAGCAUGCAUGCAGUUUUAUUUUCUUACGUACACAUGUUAAUUUGUUAUGGGAAGGUACUGUUGGGGGAGUAAAGAAACGUAUGUACGGAAGCUUGUGGCGCAGUCCAGAUGAAGAUUGAUGAGCCUAAUUUGCAGAUACUCCACUUUAGUUUCUGCAUGAUCAUCUUUAAUUAGUUACUUUACGAAGGAGAUCAGAGCAAGUUUAUUAACAUAUAUAUGAACAUCGAUCUUUGCAUGUACGUAAAAGUCCAAAUAAGCAACAGCUAGCAUGCAUAUAUAGAUAGAGAAUUAAGGGUACGUACAUCAUGCAUGUACCAGUACUACGUACGUACGUACCAGUUUCUAUGUAUCAUAUAUUUAUAGUCUUGUUUGGCUUUGGGUUGUUGAGCGUUUUACUCGUUUCUGUACCUGUU